AUGGACAAAACGAAGGAGAUUUUCUUGUUUCCGCAGCGUGAAGUGGACGCUUUAGUUGGUAACUACCAAGACGAUGCCACUCUACCUGAUGGCUCGCCCGCUAUUAGUAGGGCUGCCCGCAGGAGAGAAAAUGGAAAACGUAUGAAAUGGACGCGAGAAUUAAAUAUUGAUAUUAUGCCAUCUUUCUACUACGUUAACCAAUGUCAAUAUCAACCACUUCCUGGAUGGAGAAGCUCCCUCCACGCAGAUUUUACCAGAAGACACCCAGAUUUGCAAGUGUCGGAACAGAACGUCGUCGAUAGGAAACGCGUUAUAUUGAGUAAACAGUAUCUGACCGUUGAUGAACUUCAAAAUAUCAAAAGGGAAGUUGGUAACAUCCUUCAACAAGAACAAGAAUAUGGAGAUAAUGAAAGAAACAUAUUUCACCGAGACGAAGGUAUUCCUGAGGAGCAGGUGGACAGAACACAACAAGAGGCAGAGAACCAGGUACCUCAAGAUAAUGAAAAUGAAGUUGCUAAAGAAAAGUGGGCUGAAACUUUUGAAAGUUUACUGGCAAUGUACAUUAAUACCUGUCCCUUAGAGAGGCCUGCCAUACCUGUUCUUCAGAACGUUCGAAAAGCCCAAGGCAUAAUAGAGAGGGUUAAUGCUCUACUGGAAGCCUACACUACACCGGAUAAAUCAUUAGAAUACGUUCACUUGGCCCUCUACUGUGCAGCUGUAACGGUUGUGCAGCACAAUGGGCAGUCGACUUAUUAUCCCCGAGCAAUAUCCUAUAAUAGGCUUGACCAGAUACCAGCCUGGAGAAGAGGACUUGAGAAGACCAUCGAUAAACUACGAGGCAGGGCCGAUCUAAUUGCUGAGUUUUUAAAAGACAAACCCUCCAAAAAAGUCCACCAAAAAGUCAAUUGCAGACAAUCACAACCAAAAUAUAUGAAAACCAACCUAACUAUCUACAAAAGCUUAUAG